GCUGCAGAGGAGGAACAGAGGGAACACCAGCCUGGAUACGGGAUGCUUUUGAGUUAGAUCAGUCAAAUGACGCAACAGGUUUACUCAUCGCAGCCUAAAACCGUGAGGGACAGGAUGAUACUUGCAGGGACUCCCGGGUCUCCCAUGACCGAGGGCUGGCUGAAGCUGACAGAUAUAACGUGACAGCUUCACGGACUUCAGGAAAUUAACCUCUCUGGACGCCAGAUGUAAACUUUCAGCAUGGCAUUCAUCACGCUGGCUUUUCUGUUAUUCGCUUUCAGCGGAGGAGCGCGCAUGUUGGUAUUUGGAUCUGAAAUAGCGCCGUCCAGUAAAGUUCUUACCACAUCUGGCAAAGAAUGUAAAUUCCCUUUUCGUCAAGGUGGAAGGAUUCAUCAACACUGCAUCACCAUCUCCAGCUCCAAACCAUGGUGCUCCCUUACACACAACUUUGAUCGGGACAGACAGUGGGGCUUCUGUGCUCAAUCUAGUGGGACAUCUCGUAGAGGACUUGAUCCCUGUCGGUGGAAUAAUCCGUGUCAGAACGGAGGUGUCUGCACAGCGAUCCCGCAAACAGGCUCUUUUCAGUGUUUGUGUCCAGAGACGUUUACCGGGAGUUGGUGCGAGCAAAAGAAGUGCUAUGAAGCAACACACCUGCGGCAUUAUGACAUUGGAGAGUCUUGGGGACGAAUUCACCUCCGUAACGUGGAACAGUGCACAUGUGAGGCAGGGGAAAUCAACUGUCAAAGAGUCCACUACACAAUGUGUCGCAGAAACCCUUGUAAAAAUCAGGGAACAUGUCGGCUGAUUACAUCCACCGGAAAGGAAGUGUGUUACUGCAAAAAUGGUUACAGUGGACCUAACUGCAGCCUUGUGCCAGAGACUGAGUGCUACAAAAGCAGGGGCACGGGCUACAGAGGAGUGGUGAACGCCACAGAGUCCGGCGCCAGGUGUCUGCCCUGGAACUCCGACCUGCUCUUUGACGAGCUCCAUCUAGGCACGGUGAAUGCAUCGGCCCUCAAGGGUCUCGGGGACCAUGCCUUUUGCAGAAACCCAGAUGGGGACAAGAAGCCUUGGUGCUACACGGUAACUGACAGCGCCAUCUCCUGGGAGUACUGCGACAUCCCCUCCUGCGUAAUGCCAGUUUCUUCUUCUCGAAGGAUUAUCACAUUGAACGCCCUGCCCAACAUAAAAAAGAACAACUCCUCUAAGCCAGCCAGAAAUCCUGUGUGCGGGGUAAAACACAAGAAGAGGUUAGCAGUAGCCAGGGGUCGGAUAUUCAGAGGAAACGCUGCCCUGCCAGGAACCCAUCCUUGGAUGGCAGCAAUUUAUAUCGGACCGUCAGAUUUCUGUGGCGGCAGUCUGAUCUCUUCCUGCUGGGUCCUCUCUGCUGCUCACUGCUUCUUCAGCAACCCCCUGAAGUCUCAGCUUCGUGUGGUACUCGGCCAGCACCACUUCAACGUCACCGGUCCCAACACUCAGACCUUUGCUGUGGAGGACUACAUCUUCCAAAAACAGUUCUCCACCUUUAAUCCGACACUACAUGACAUCGUUCUAAUCAAGCUGAAAAAGCAGGACGGGCGGUGCGUGAGGAAAACCCCGUUUAUCAGGCCCAUCUGUCUCCCAGAAAAAAGCAUGCAGUUUCCUGCAGGCUACUGCUGUGCUAUAACUGGCUGGGGACGCACGCGCGAAAAGGCAAAUGGUUACUCUACUCUGCAGGAGGCAGGAGUCAGGCUGGUUUCUCAUGACGUCUGCAAGAGGCCACAAGUGUACGGAAACCACGUCACUGACGACAUGAUCUGUGCGGGGCUCAGUGGAUGCGUGGACGCGUGCCAGGGCGACUCUGGGGGCCCCCUGGCUUGCGCGAAGGGUGAUGUCAGCUUCCUGUACGGGAUCAUCAGCUGGGGCGAGGGCUGCGACCAGCCAGGAAAACCUGGAGUUUACACAAGAGUGGUCAGUUAUCUCGACUGGAUCCAUUCAAUAAUCAAAGGCAAAAGCAGGACUUCAUGACAGCCCUAUACCUGGAAAUUUGAUGUACUAUCUGUGAUACUCUGUAGUUUAUAUAUUAUAUUUUACUUGUUGUAUAUUUUCAUAAUAUUUUUGGAAGUAUGUGAGAAACAUAUACUUUUUAACUGUGAAAUACAUUGUGAGUGAAUAAACUUUAAAUGACUUGACAAACCUUGUUUCUUUAAGAUUAAUAAAAAUGCUUUAUAACAAAA